AUGGAGGACCCUGAGAAGAAGCUGAACCAGAAGAGUGACAGCAAACCCCGGAAAGUACGAUUUAAAAUCUCUUCCUCCUACAGCGGCCGAGUGUUGAAGCAGGUCUUUGAGGACGGGCAGGAGUUAGAAUCGCCAAAGGAGGAAUACCCUCACAGUUUUCUCCAAGAGUCCCUUGAACCAAUGGAUGGUGUUUAUGGGUCUGGGGAAGCCCCCAAACCCCAACCAUACUUCCCUAAGCUGACUGCUCAAAGGAUCAGCGUGUUUAGAGAGGGCAGUGCAUACACUUUGGCGGGCAGCCAGCCUCUUUUCAACGAUUACAAGGCAAAUGACCAUAAGUCCCCACCUAUUAUAGAUUUUGGAAAGAUAAUCAUCUAUACUAAUAAUCUGAAAAUCAUUCGAACCCCAAUGGACAAGAGAGACUUCAUGAGGAAAAUUCUCCAGAAGGAAGAGGAGGCCGAGGAAGAGUCUCUGAUGAGCAAAGAAGAAAUCUAUGGAGACAGUGACCAGAAUGACAGGCCUUUGCCAGAGACUGACAGCACGUUCCCCCACAACCAGUACCCACAGGAAGGGGAGCUUCCAGAGGACAACUGCUUUCACUGCCGAGGGUCGGGCAGUGCCACCUGUUCUCUGUGCCACGGCAGCAAGUUCUCGAUGCUGGCCAACAGAUUUAAGGAGUCCUACCGGGCCCUGCGGUGCCCUGCCUGCAAUGAGAAUGGCCUGCAGCCUUGCCAGAUUUGCAAUCAAUAGCCCAUGGCUUUAUAUGUCCACUUUUACUGCAUCCUCCCUAAAGUGAUUUCUAAUAAACUGCCCCUUCCUCCUUUUCCCUUUCUCACAAAGAAGCCACGGUGGCUGCAAUCACUUCCACCACUGGCAAAACUCAAUUACCCGAUGACAUUUCGUGAGGCUAGUAACAUCUCCAUGUGGGUCUAAGUGGCAGAGGCAUUUUCGAAUUAGAGUCGGCUCUGAAACGGGUUCUGAAAUAAUCCUCCCAAGAACGUGUGCGUGUAUCCCCCUUGGCUUUGCUCAGCUAUC